CGGUGAUGACGUCAGGAGGCGGUGCCGCGCCGCGGCCGGAGUGGGCCGAGGUUGGAUGAAGAGUCUCAACUUCUUCCAGGUGUCCCUUUAAAACAUUUCUUAUUUCUCCACUUCCUUCUCCCCAUGGAAGACAGGCUGGGGUUCCUUUUCUGCUGUUCAUGCUGAGCAGUUGCGUGGAGAGGUGGUGCUUGAGUGGAGAUAAACCUGGUGAUGAUUCAAAUGUGGGAAUCACCCCGGAUGUGGUUGCUGCUGGUGCUCCCCUGGGAACAUGCCUUGAUAGGGAAUUAACACCAGUCAGUGAUGGGCUGUGGGACCAGCAAAGUGCUUCCCGAGCCCCCCAAGGAUGUGCAGCUAGACCUGGUUAAAAAAGUGGAACCUUACACGGGCCACAGUGACAUCUACAAGCAUUUCAUCAAAGAUGACUGCGGGGCUGUCAUCAAAGCUGGCUCUCCCUCCCCUCCCCACCACACCAACCCCUAUCCCGGGAGCGCCCUGCCCGCCCAGCAGCCCGAGCCCCGCAAGAACAAAGUGGCCAAGUACCGCGCCAAGUUCGACCCGCGCGUGACGGCCAAGUACGACAUCAAAGCGCUGAUCGGCAGGGGCAGCUUCAGCCGCGUGGUGCGCGUGGAGCACAAGGCCACCAAGCAGCCCUACGCCAUCAAGAUGAUCGAGACCAAGUACCGCGAGGGCCGCGAGGUGUGCGAGUCGGAGCUGAGCGUGCUGCGCCGCGUGCGCCACACCAACAUCAUCCAGCUCAUCGAGGUCUUCGAGACGCAGGACCGCGUGUACAUGGUCAUGGAGCUGGCCACCGGCGGAGAGCUCUUCGACCGCAUCAUCGCCAAGGGCUCCUUCACCGAGCGGGACGCCACGCGCGUGCUGCAGAUGGUGCUGGAUGGGGUGAGGUACCUGCACACGCUGGGCAUCACCCACCGCGACCUGAAGCCCGAGAACCUGCUCUACUACCACCCGGGCACCGACUCCAAGAUCAUGAUCACCGACUUCGGGCUGGCCAGCGCGCGCAAGAAGGGGGACGACUGCCUGAUGAAAACCACGUGUGGCACCCCGGAGUACAUCGCCCCCGAGAUCCUGGUCAGGAAGCCCUACACGAACUCGGUGGACAUGUGGGCGCUGGGGGUCAUCUCCUACAUCCUCCUCAGCGGCACGAUGCCCUUCGAGGACGACAACCGCACCCGCCUGUACCGGCAGAUCCUGAAGGGAAAGUACAGUUACUCAGGCGAGCCCUGGCCCAGCGUGUCCAACCUGGCCAAGGAUUUCAUCGACCGCCUGCUGACGGUGGACCCCAGCGACAGGAUGACGGCCCUGCAGGCCCUGAAGCACCCGUGGGUGGUCAGCAUGGCAGCCUCCUCCUCCAUGAAGAACCUGCACCGCUCCAUCUCACAGAACCUUCUCAAGAGGGCUUCCUCCCGCUGCCAGAGCACCAAGUCAGCUCAGUCCACCCGCUCCAGCCGCUCCACCAAGUCCAACAAAUCGCGGCGCGUGCGGGAGCGGGAGCUGCGCGAGCUCAACCUGCGCUACCAGCAGCAGUACACGGGCUGAGCUUGAGUCUCUGGAAAGGAAAAUUCAAAAGGAGGACCCCUGCCACAGGUCUGCUCUGCCCUGCAGGUGUGCACACACUCAGUGAGGAGCAACCAGGUUCCUCCCUCCCUCCCUCCCUGCAGGAGGUGUCCCCCUCACCCCGUGCAGAGGAAAGGGAACCUCGUGGUGGCCGUGCCAGCCUGUGAGGGUCUCAUGCCAGGAACGGGGGAGUCCUUGUGGGCUCAGAGCCUCAAGGAAUUAAGGAGCCACGUGGGGAGAAGAGCUCCUUCUGUAGCCCAGGAGCUUGGUUGUUCAUAGUUAUUUAUUAAUUCCAGAGCGUUUCGUUUGUCUCACUUGUGUACGGAAAAAAGAAGCAAUCACUUGGUGUGUCUGUGCGUGCACGUCCGUGUGUGCACACACACGUGUGGGGGUGUAUAUGUAUUUAAAAAUCAUGGAUACUCAGAUUUUGGGCUGGUUUAGUCAGACUCCUUGGUGCCUUUGCAGCGAAGCUGGAGUGAGUCAUGUGCAAUUAGAAGUGGGAUAGCUGUGACUCACUGCUGUGCUGCCCACCAGCUCCUCGCCAAAGAGAUGCCAGACAGCAGUUUUCCACCAGGGCUGGGAAGCUGUGAGGUUUCCCCCAAGGGCUGCCAUCCUCCUGAUGACGUCAAGGGCUCGCUUGAUGACAUCAAAGGUUUACCCCUGGAAUUGUCCUUUCCCUGUUUGCAGCAAGACCAGUGCCUGUCAUGCAGAGUUUGUUGUUCUUGUGGCUCUGUUGUGUCUCUGAUGUGUUGCACACCUUGCACACUUCAGAAGAAGAUUGAGAAGGUUUUUGUGUGCUAAGGGGAAAAAGAGGGGGGAGAUUUUAGGGAUGUGCUUCCCACCCCAGAGGUGGGAUGGGCUAUAACCACUGUAAGCACAGUGUUACUGACCAUGUCACUGCCCCAGAAAUUUGGUGGUGCCAGGCUGCUCCCUGCCUGCAGAUUUGACAGGGCUCCCUUGCUUUGUGUGCCUGUGCAGCCCCAGCACUGCCAUCCCUGCUUUGGGACAGUGGUGGUGGGAGCUGUUGGGGUGGCCACAAAAGGCUCCACAGCAUCAGGGUAGGGGCUUGGGUAGUGGAAGCCCAGUCUGGGAGUGUCAGCAGUAACAAUACCCUGGAGACAUUGUACAAGUGCCCUAGAGCUGUGAGGGGUGACUUAAGUUCACCAGGAAAAAGCUGCCUUUGAGGAGUCCUUGUGCUGUGUGGGUGAUGAGGUGGCCUCUUACAAGGGACUCUCAGGGGAGGUGGGGGCUGCAGAGCUGAGCUUUCUGCAAGCCUGCUGAGAUUCUCUUCCCAGCUAGUUAGGGCAGCAAAGUGGGGCUGAUGGCACAGGCACAGGAUGGAUUUGCCUUCUCAUGGUGGCAGAGACGAGAUCAGCAGUGAAGGAAAAUGCUGGGGUUUGAAACUUUUCUUACAAAGCCACAGAAUUUGCUUUGUGCUGUGCCCUUGGGAAGGGCUUGCUUGGCUCUGGGCUGGAGAUGCAGGCAGGUCUCAGCUCAAGGGUCUGGUGAGCUUGGCUUUUCCCAGGAUUGAUGGCUGUGCCACUGUGUUUCAGUGUCAGCAGGGCUGAAGUGGUCAGUCCCAUCUCCAGGGAGCUCUCACAGUCACUCCCUGUCAGCAAACAGCCAAGCAGCUUUAAUGGGGAAAGAUUGGAGUUUUCUGUGCUAAGGUAAAAAAAAAUAAAGGGGGAUUUCUGGGGGUGUGCUCCCACCCCAAAUGUGGGAUGGGCUGUAAAUGAGUGUAACCAGCCUGGUGUGCCAAGCAUGUGGUGGGGAAUAGGGCAGAAACUUGAGGACAGCCACUAUGUGUAGCAGGAGUGAAUUCAAAAUCAUUUGCAUGGUUUUUCAUGUUAUUUUGAAAACCUCACAUCCUUUGCAGGCUGCUCUUGCUCUGAGCAACCCAUCCUCCCAUGUCACACAGUCUUUCAUCCAUCAGCAUUAACAGAUACUGUAGAAUUUCCUAUAUUUGUUUUUUUUCAACUCUGUGGACUGCAAACAAAAAUAUUUUCAGCAUCUUUUACCUCCUCACAUUGUUUUUUCCCUAGUUUGUUACCAGGAACUAUAAACUAGAUGUGAUUUCUGACAAAGCAGGCAGCUUGCCACGUUUUGCUUCAUAAACAGUUCAGUGUCCCUCAUGGUCCUGCAAACAGCUCCCCAAAAGCAGGAGCCCCUCCUGGGCCAGGAUCAGCUGGACCUUGGGGUCCUGCAGGUCAGGUGGUGGCAGGAGGCUCCCUGGGAGCCCUUCUGCUUCUGAGCCAUUACUUGAAGAGGCUUUGGUGUGUUUGGAGCAUCACUCCAGGCACUGUGAUUGCUUUUACCUCCU